GUACUCGCCUGUCGGUUUGAAGUCAUCGACCUUGCAGAGCGGCUACGUUUUGGCGACAAGCUUGCAGACACAAGUCGCUGUGCCUUUACUUAGCUACACCCAGUCGUCAUGCAAUCUCAGCAGCUGCGCAGCGGCUGCCGGCAGGGCGCGUCGGCGGUUCCUCGCGGCGGUCGCCUGCCAGUCGCGACGCCACACAACAUUCGGCCGAUGAUUGCUGCAGCCCCCGCAGCUCGCCGGCGCUCGAACCAGGUCGUGUUGGCGGCGACGAAGGCUGCCCCCAAGGGCUUUGGCGCCCAGAAGCAGGGGACGAAGGGCAUCGCUGCCGAGGCGCCAUGCCCAUGUGGCAGCGGGACCGCCUACGAGGCCUGUUGCGCGCCGCUGCACGACGGCGCGACGCGUGCCGCCACCCCGGAGGUUCUGCUGCGCUCGCGCUACACAGCCUACGUGGCUAAGAACCCCGAGUACAUUGCGGAGACCACCCACCCCGACAGCCCCGAGUACUCGGGCUCCCGCACCGCCUACAUUCGCGACGUGAAGAACACCAUGCGGCGACUGGACCCCAUGGGCUUGGCCAUUGUCAGCCAGGACGCCGGCGCCACCCCCGACGAGGCCUUCAUCACCUUCCGGCUGCAGCGCCGCAUCCGCGACCCCGACGUGCCCCGCAACGCGCCCGAGAAUGACGAGGUGGUGGAGCGCAGCCGCUUCGCACGGGUGGGCGGGCGCUGGUUCUACAUGGACAGCAGCUUUGUGGAGGAGGGCGGAGUCAAGGCUGAGGGAGGCGCCGGCGCGGGCGCGGCGGCGGGCGCGGCGGCGGCCAAGAAGGAGGAGAAGAAGGGGCUGUUCGGGCUGUUCUGAGCGGUGCAGUAGCGAGGUUGUUUCGGGCUGUGAUGAGAUGAGGUUUAGCGAGAUCAGCAAUGAUGUGAUUAAGGUAGGAUGCGUGGGUAGGAUGGGCAGCGGAGCUGGGGAGCGGUUUUGCCUCGGAUGUUGGUGUUGGCUCGUGGCGGCGCUGCCUUGCUCAGGUCUGAGCAUGCCUGUGUGGCCUUCGGGUUUCGUUGCGGUUCCGUACGGUUCCGUAAAAUGCACAAUAACAGUGGCUCGGCCAGAUGCGACAGGGCAGACGGGUGCUGCGUAGUCCCAGUUGAGGGGAGUACAAGGUUCACGGGACGAAACACGCAGUUGCAUGUCGUGGGUGGGACUGCGCGCGUGUGUGCGGACACGUACGGUACGCGGUAGGUGAUGCGUGAGAGGAUGAGGACUACUUGAAUGCGCGCGUGCGUGCCUGGCUGCUGAGUGCUGGAGGGGGCAUUUUCGCGCGCCCACGGUGCCCCGUCUGCUGGAAUGCAGACGCGGAUGCAUGCAGCCAUGCACACGACGCACUCGCACGCCGGACGCCCAUGCAAAAGGAAGUGGUGCCGUGGUGGUAUGUGAGCGGUCGUUGCUGUUACAGCCCCCACGGUGUGUUAGCCCCUAGUUGUGGGGUACACGGAUUAUUGUAUCUCGACCACUUCCAGACACUGGCUGGCUCGUGAACUGCGUCAGCAGGUCCUUCUUGUAACCAAUGCAAUCU